UGUUAAUAAAGUUUCGUUGACGUCAUUUGAAACAAGAUGGCAGUCCUCGCACCGCUGUGUGUGGGGAUGUCACCCUCAGCCGUCCUGGGCUUCGGGCGUCUGUUUACGGAGCGCUAUUGUUCCGGGAACCCGCUGAGGUGUUUAACGCAGAUCUGCAAACGAGGUUACUCCGUCAAAGCCCGGCAGGAGGUGGAGGAGGAGGUGGGUUCUGGUGCGGUCGCCGCAGGGGGCUUCUCCGGGCCUAUGGAUCACUACAGCGGGCUGAUCAGGGACGGGACGCUGCGGGAGGACGAGCACCAGAGAGCGGUGAUGCGGAGACUGGACGAGCUGCACAAAACGCUGAGAGGAUACAGCAACACUCCCACAUCCAUCUUCUCCAAGUUUUUCCAAAAACCCAAACCUCCACAAGGCUUCUACAUCUUUGGUGACGUCGGCACAGGAAAAACAAUGGUCAUGGACAUGUUUUAUUCAUAUGUGGAGACAGAAAAGAAAAAGCGGGUUCAUUUCCAUGGCUUUAUGUUGGAUGUGCAUAAAAGGAUCCAUCGAUUAAAGCAGAGUAUGCCAAAGAGGAAAGCAGGUAAAAUGGCCAAAUCCUAUGACCCAAUUGCUCCAGUUGCUGAGGAGAUCAGUGAGGAGGCUUGUGUUUUGUGCUUUGAUGAGUUUCAGGUCACUGAUAUCGCCGAUGCCAUGAUUCUCAAGCAGCUUUUUGAGAAUCUAUUUCUGAAUGGAGUUGUUGUUGUGGCAACUUCUAAUCGACCUCCUGAAGAUUUGUAUAAAAACGGUCUGCAGAGAGUCAACUUUGUGCCUUUUAUUGCCGUGUUGCAGAAAUAUUGCGAAACUCUUCGGCUGGAUUCUGGGAUCGAUUACCGCAGAAGAAACAGACCCUCCGCUGGAAAACUCUACUUCCUCUCAAGUGAACCUGACGUAGAAGCGACUCUAGACAAGAUGUUUGAUGAGCUGGCCUUCAAGCAGAAUGACAUUACAAGACCGAGAGUGAUGAACAUCCUCAACAGAAAUGUGCGUCUGAACAAAGCUUGUGGGACCAUUGCCGACUGUACGUUUGAGGAGCUCUGUGAUAGGCCUUUAGGGGCCAGUGACUACCUCGAGAUAUCCAGGCUGUUCGACACCCUCUUUAUCCGUCACGUUCCUCUGCUCACGCUGAACAAAAAAACUCAAGCCAGGCGCCUCAUUACGCUCGUGGACGCUCUUUACGACCACAAGGUGCGGGUGGUGAUUCUCGCCGACCACCCUCUGGAGGACCUUUUUGUGCUUGACGGGGAUCGCGGUCAUGAUGAGAGCCACAUUCUCAUGGACGAUCUGGGGCUGAAAAGGGACGAGGCCAGCAGUCUGUCCAUAUUCAGUGGAGACGAGGAAAGGUUUGCCUUCCAGAGGACGGUGUCUCGGCUCACAGAGAUGCAGACAGAAGAAUAUUGGCUUGAAGGCGACAGAAGCACAAAGUCGCAGGUUUAACAUUUGAGGAAAGUCGACCACGUUACACAAAGUCCAGCCUUCACACGCUGUUCUCCUCCGAACACUACUCCUUCUCUUCCAGCCCAAACCCAGUAGGACUGCUGAACAGUGUGCGUGCAAAUGUUGUACAGAAGAUAUUUAUUGAUAUUUUAAGGUCUUUUAUCACUUGAAUGCGACAUUGCACUUACAGACAGUGUUCUAGAUGAGCCUCUGGGUGUCAUAUUGCUUUUAACUCCGUGUAAAACAGUGGUCCAACUGUAUUUAUUUUUAUAAAUAUUAGCGAAGAGGCCGGAUGACUUUUGGAAAUGGAUUUCCAAUUGACUUUUAUGUUAAUUUAAGUUUUAAGGGACAUUAAUGAAUCUCCAUCGUGGGUUGUGUAUGAGUCUCACACGAAUCUAAAUACAGUGGCAGCAAAUUGGUCUUAAAGUAUUUUAGUGUUUUUUAUUUCUGAUGAUUUAUGUGGAUGGUGCUUGUGAAAUGUCACACGUGUACUGAACAAAGACAUGAAAGAAACAAAAUGUACACAGGAAGUGUUUGAAUUUUCAUAUGAUGCAUAUUAUUUAUGCAAAUGUUUUCAUAAAUGAAACUAAUAAGGGUUAAGGUGUGGGUGUGUUGCCGAUUUACAUGAAUCUUUUAUGUGCUUUACAAACACGAAGACGUGUGGGAUGUGAAAGUGAGGAAAAAAAACUUCAAAGUUUAUCUCGCUACAGACAAACAGUUAGUGGUAUUUAAAUGUCUUUUAUCUACUGGAACCUGAUGUUAUUUUAGCAAAAAAACAAUCUUAUUUGAAUCAUACAAUUCUGGGAUGUUUAACCUUGAAUCUUCUGCAGUCCCCUUUUACACAAACUUGUUUCAAGCACACUCGCACAAAUUGUUUCAUUCUGAGUUUCUUUCAAAUGUGGAUUUUCAUUCAUUCAAAUCUUUUGUUGAAAAGUAACUUUGUGUUGUUGCAACAUCCAGUUUGUCAUAAAAAAGCGAACCAGUCAUGCUGGCAUGACGACGACAGCAGGAACAACAAACAACACCCAGCAGCACUGUAAACAAUAUCUGAAGAGUGAAAUCAAGUCAAAUUCUUUUGGUUCAUUUAAUUAAGUGACUCAUAUUCAUCUCUACGCUGUCAAAAUAGUGAGUAAUACCAAACACAACAAUCAUCUUUUUAUUUAACUUAAUAGUUAAUUAAAAAAGUUUCAAAGUUAAAAGCUUUAUAUAUCUUUUUUGCUUUUGCUUUAAUUCCAGCCUAAGUUACCUGCUACCGUAUAUACUUCACUAUAUAUAACUGAGGUCUUAUCCUCAAUUCCAGACUCUGUGUCAUUUUCACUCUACAACCUUUGGGACAACUAAUGAAUAAUUACGCAGAGGAUUUAUUUUUGGUCGUCUCAUCAAACAUUUAACACGCUCAGUAUUUUUAAAUCUCUGGUUUUGGUUCCAUCCAGACUAUAGAGUAAUGUGUUGAGUGUUGCACCAGGUGAGACCUGCUGAUGCUACUUCUGCUUUAUCCAGCUCAUAUUUAUUCUCAGUCAAAUUUGUUUUAAUUUGUCGAUAAACGUCUGUUUUGAAUGUGGAUUUCAUUCAUUCAAAUCAUUUGUUGAAGUGGAUGUUAAUGUUGUUGACAGAUUUAGUUAAUCAUAGAAUAACAGGCAACUGUGUCGGUGAGGUUAACAAUUAUUCUUGAUCAGAUGCUGACACUAAGUACAACAUCUGGCUGCAUCGAUCCCGAUCAGAUCAUUAGUGAAAUCAAGUAGAUCUUUGUUUUUGGCUUUAUAGAAAUGGGUUUUUUAUUUAACUUAAUGUGGUAUGAAACUUAGAUGUCAAUGUUUAUUCUAUUUGUUUUUUUCUCAGCCAACCAUAUUAUUUGCGAUGAUAUCAAAUUGUUUCUGUGGUGAAAUCCUUUUUUUUUUAAAGGAAAUUUUAAAGUUCUUUCAAACUCUGA